AUGCCGCUGGAUAUCCGAGUGGUACAGUAUUUAGCUUUGGCACCUGGUCAUGACAAUCAGCCGAAGCUUCCACUUCCAUUUGUCAAGAGUUUACUGCGAAGACGAAUUGUACCAGAAAAAGCUGGAUCAAUAGUUCUACAAGAUGAUGGAUUGGAUUAUGGACAAUGGAACUAUAAAGCGUAUUUUCGUGGACGUAGUAAGGAUCAAGACGACCAAGUUGUGACGUUUGAUGGUGGACUUGUGCUGGACCAGACGCUGGUGUUGAUUUUUCCAUCUGCUACGUCUUUGUUAGCUCCUUUAUCGCAUGAACAGCAAAGUUAUCAGUCGGUUGGGAAUCAUGUUCGUGGCUUUCGUGAGCUGGUAGCAAUGGCACUACGGACAACGUCGUGCAACAAUCAGGUAGAUGAUCGAGAGCAGAUGGCUUUUGCUGUCCCUCAUUCACUUUUGCUCCAUGCACUGAGCGGCGCUGGCAAGACAACGCUUGUACACCAAAUUGCGGAGGAAUUGAAAGUAAAUUUGCUUGUGGUGGAUGGUGGAGUGUUAGCGUCGCCGCAACUGCGACUGGAAGAUUUCUUCUCGGCUGCACUACGCAUCCAGCCGUGUGUGCUUUUAAUCGAAGAUCUAGAACUUCUGUUUCCAAUGACUCUUGAUGAAGUCAAAUAUAAACUAGUUUGCCGUCUCGUAAACUGCUUCGAGAGUAUUCACAAAUCUGAAUUGGCUCGCGUCGUAGUCGUUGGAGCGGUGUCAGUGCUUAACGCAUUGCACUCCCAAGUACGGCAGCUGUUCACCGAAGAGUUGUUCCUUGAUAUCCCAGACAAAGAAUGGACCGUCAAUCUGCUAGCAUCAUUGCUACCACCAUCAAAUAUGCUUCGGCGUGAAUUUAUCAUGUCGCUAGCUGUUCGAUAUGGUCAAAAGCCUAGCAAUAUCGCUUCCACUGCUCAACUCAUUCGCAUGCGUUUGUCACGCAAAGAUAACGAGUCCAUCAAUGUAGAGAGCUUUGAAUCUGAAAUCACUGCUUUUGCACGUGAAAUUUCCAGCAAUAGUAAUGGUGCUGAUACAUUGAGCUCUUCUGUUCCAGAUGUCUCAUGGACCGACAUCGGCGGUCUUGAGCGCGUCAAGCAAAAUCUAGUUGAGAUGGUUGUAUGGCCGCUGGAAAAGCCACAAGUGUUUCGUCGGAUGGGUAUCUCACCGCCUCUAGGUGUCGUGUUGCACGGCCCACCUGGAACUGGAAAGACCAUGCUAGCUAAAGCUACCGCAAAAGCGAGCGGUUGCAAUUUUCUCAACCUAGCCGCGAACGAUCUAAUGAAGGCUGAGAUUGGUGAAAGUGAAAAGGCCAUCACACGCGCAUUUGACAUGGCUCGUGCACUUAGUCCAUGCAUGAUCUUCAUCGACGAAUUUCAGUCACUUUUUGGCAAUCGAUCGACGGCUGGCCAAACAACGUCGAGGAUGAUUUCUCAGCUCUUAAUGGAGCUUGAUGCAUUGAAAGCGGUAUCUGACGACAGCGAAGUACACGAUGGACCAGUUGCGUCUUCCGCAAUGGCAAGUAUUGUCACUGGCCGAGUUUUUGUCCUCGCAGCAACAAAUUCCUUGUCUGCCAUCGAUCCAGCAUUUCUCCAACCAGGUCGCUUUGAGAACGUGGUGUAUGUCGGUCUUCCAAAUCUCAGCGAGCGUAAGGCUAUUUUGGAAAUUCAGCGUAAUAAAAUGCCUUGGAGUCAAGACGUCGAUCUCACUAGACUUGUCAAAAAAACAGACGGUUGUAAUGCUGCAUCGGUGAUCGCGCUGUGCGAGGCUGCAGCUAUUCAUUCCAUGCAACGGAUACCUUCCGAUGCACCAGAAGAUGAACAGUGCAUUGCAAUGAUUGAUUUUGACGAAGCUUUAACAAAAUGUAAAUUUGACUUUCAAAACCAAUAA